AUGUCGACUGCUGGCUCUUAUAUUUCUUUCAAAAGAAAGAAUUUGGAAAUACGAAUGAAGCGGUCGAUAAGAAAUCGUUUUUUGUCAAUUGUUCAUGACUCUCAAUUUAUAGACCUUGUCCUUGAAAGCUACCCUAACUUUAAGUGCGUCGUUAAUGAACGUUGCGGCACAUGGUAUGUAAAACCAGUUCACGCUCCCUUUUCUGCGUAUUUUAAGAGUACAGAUGGUCAUACAGGACAAUGGUCUUUUAGUACUCGUCGGUUAAAUUUACAUCUGCUUGAUUUAAUCCACGACUAUGGUGGAAUUGUCCUUGUUGAUUCAACCAGGCGUGGUAAACGCAUGCCUGACGCCCUGUCGAAAACAGUUCCCAUUUGGAUUGCUACUCUUAAUAAAUGCGUUUUUGAGAGACUUCGUCCCCAUGACUUAGAAAAUCGUCAGCUCGUGUUUUUUCCUCCUUAUCUUCCUGAAACAGAGCGAUCUGCUAUGAACAAGAAAUUAGAUGGAUUCGUUGAUUUACUUAUGAAUUCUGGUAUUAAUUUGGAUUUUAUUUCCUCAAAAUUACAGAAGCCUAUACGUCCUUUAUGGGCCACUCCAACUAGUACUCUUUCUUCCGCUCAAUUUGAAGAUUAUCAUACUGUAGUACUCGUCACAGCCAGUAAGCAAGUACACGAUGGUUACUCUAGGGAGUAUGGAUUUCUUUACGUCCAAGGUGCAGCAGACGAUGAAGAAGAAUGGGCCAGUGGACUUAGUCCUACGGUAUUUUGGAAUCAUGCUGACAACAUAUUAUCAUUUCCAGAGGAAGAAUAUGAUUCAAAUAUUAAAUGUUUAUUAUCUAAAAUAUCACACGAUAACACUUCUACGGCUGCUACAACAACAACUUCAGAUGUCCUUACCUACCUUGUACCGACAAAUAUAUCCAUUGGAGAUCGAAGCAAAUUUUCCGAAACCGAAAAUAAAGGAUUUUUUUUCAUAGUGAAUUUUUCUUCUCAACCAUUGAAUAUACCUCAAGAACUUCACUGUCCGAUCGAGUCUGGCAAGAAGGGUGCCCAAAGUUUUCGCAAAGAAGCACCUAAAAUUUUGUCAAAGUUGAAUGGAAUCAAGCCUCCAUGGGAUGUGCAAGAUUCCUUAAUCUUGUUGGAUGAUCAAGGUGGAAAGGAAAUUGCCUCUUGCUUUGCGUUAUUGUUACUUUCCUUAUAUUAUGAUUCCGAUUUACGAAAGCUUUCGACGCCUUUAACACUCGGGACUUCACAGACUCACCUUGAUAAACAUCAAAUAAGACAAAGAUUGAUAAAGAUAAUUGAAGCUCAUCCAAAAACCAAUCCCUCUCGUGCUUUCUUAAUUGCCGUAAAUACUUUACUUUUAAGCACCUCUUCUUGA